AUGACCGAGACUCCUGGAAGAGACUGUCCCAAAACGCCGGCCCCAAUUGAGUGGAAAGAAAAGACUCCGGAAUCUGACUUGCUAGAAGCGAUGCUGUCAGCCAUAAUGAAAGUGUCAGCAUUGGUGGGUGCUGGUAAUGGUUCAGAAGUGGACAAGGCAGCUCUAACGUGUAGUGAUCACUUAUAUCAACACCUCUGCAACUGGUCCAAAACCAACAAUGAUUUCUCACUUGUCAGCAACACUCUACUAGUGCAUCUCGGAUUAAUGAAGAGCGAAGACAAGUCGUUCAAAAUAACGUACAAUACCGUGGAUGCAGGGCUGCUUUACAGCAAGCCAUGACUCAGAACUACUUCCCCACUCAAGUCAAGGAAACUAUGCAAUUCUUCCUCAACAAGAAAUGAUUUGAUUAGCUGUGACUCGAGUGAAGCAUGUCGACUACCAAAAUAAUAUUGCUGAUAUAUUGGUGAAAUUCAUUUCAGUGUACAAUUUCAAAUUAACUUAUUUAAUAGUGCAUCUUUUCUCAAAUUAAAGUGUAUUUAAUUUUCUAUGUUAAUAAAACCACUUUCAAUGUAAAGAGAGAACCCUGUGAAAAUCCAUGUUUUAAAACAAUUCUGUACCUGAUUUAGAACUUCUGAAUUUCAGGUCUCAUUUUUAAAAUUAGUUUGUAAAAUAAAGUUUUCUUCUUCUUUUCGUA